AUGGCUGGCCUGCCUCUCACCCUGACCGAACACGCCCACGCUCGCUGGAUCGAUCAGCAGAAAGCCGAUAAACUCAACUUCAUUAAAGACGUGUGCUAUUGGCUAAGACUCUCCCUCGUUGCUUCGACUCUUCAGAUCAUUCUUUUCACCUCUGUUGCCAUCAUGGCACUAUCCGAAGACCACGACCUCGAGGAUUGGCUCCCUCUCGCCUGCGGAUUCCGUGUCACGGCUGUUAUGUUUUCCGAAAUUCCUUUCGUCUAUGGAAAAACCAUGUGGUUUUCCAUCUGUAUUCAGUAUCGUCUUCCCAGCCAUGCGAUCGAAUUCGGUUCGACGAUGAGUCUGGUCCAACAGUUCGUUCUCAUUUGGGUCAUUGAGCCGACGAUGAUUCAGGUUUGGCGCGCUCAUCAAGCAGAGGAGCCUCUUCUCGGACAGAGCACUGGCGCUCUGCUGGCGACGUUCGGGUUCGUCACCGCCAUUGUCGCGAUGCGAAAGAUGGCUCAGCGAUCACGUUUUCUCACCGAACUUGUAGUUUGCCUUGAGUGA